CGGGAGCGCGCGUAGACAAGGGGCGGGACAGCUGGAAUCUCCGCAGCCUCACGAGAAAAUAAGCUCUUUCCGGAUAUUUACCGAUGUUUACCUCCACCUGCCCUACGCGACGCACCCUGUUCUGAGGUUUUUAACAGCGGUAGUACCAACGGACAUGUCUCAAAGUUCCAAACCCCGGAAUACUGAGGCCAAGUAGAGGGAUGAGCUGAGUGGUGUGUGUGUGUGUGUGUGUGUGUGUGUGGGAGUGUGAAUGUGUGUGUGUGUGUGUUUGUGAGGUUGAGUGUCCUGUGGUGAAAGUGGAAGACAUGCCCAAACCUGAACUACUGUGUUUGGUUCAACUACUGGACAACACCAUCCAUCCAUUUACAGUCAAUAGCCAGGAUGCAGGCGAGGUUCUGCUGGACCAGGUGUGUAAGCAGCUGGGUCUGCUGGACAGACACUACUUCAGUCUACAGCUACGAGAUUCCACCAAUGCCUUGUUUUCUCACACACACUCUCCUAGGUGGCUGGAACCCAGCAAACCGCUGAAAAAGCAGCUGAAAGGUGUUGUCUCUCCCUUCUACCUGACUCUCAGAGUGAGAUUCUUCAUCUCAGACCCCAACUCUCUUCAGCAUGAGCAGACCAGGCAUAUGUACUUCCUCCAGAUCAGGAGUGACAUCAGAGAGGGCAGGUUGAAGUGUCCUCUCAGUGCUGCUGUAGUACUGGCAUCGUACGCUGUUCAGUCUGAGCUAGGUGACUACUCCCCGGACCUUCUUCCUGGUUACCUGUCCAAGAGACACUUCCUCCCGGAACAGGAUGAGGAUUUCCUGUCCAGAGUGGAGGCAUUGCACCCAGGCCACAGGGGGCUGAAGCAAAGUGAAGCAGAGCUGUGUUUUCUCAAUACAGCAAGAACACUGGAGCUUUAUGGAGUAGAGCUCCACACUGCCAGCGAUUCCAACACUUCCCCCCUAUUAGUGGGAUUGGCCUCGGGAGGUGUGGCUAUCUUCUGCAACAUGAUUUGUUCCAGCUUCUUCCCCUGGGUGAACAUCAUCAAGAUAUCCUUCAAGAGGAAACGUUUCCUCAUCCAGCUCCGACGCAAGCACGGGGAGACCCAGGACUGCGUGGUGAGCCUGGUCCUGCCGUGCCCCCGGACGUGCAAGAACCUCUGGAGGUCGUGUGUGGACCAUCACUCCUUCUUCCACUCCAAGUCAGCCCACAGCCCACACCACACCAACCUGGUCACACAGAUACACAACAAGCUGCUCUCCCAGCACUGGACCUUGGGCAACGCGAAAACAGACAGUGGCCCGGUGUGUAAGAAGGUGAUGGGUGGGAUGGAGUGGAACCCGGUUGGAAGGGGAUCCUCCUCAUCCGAACACCUGGAGACGAAGAGCCUGCCGUCCCGAUCGCCGCCGCUGACACCCAACUGGCGGAGUCCUCGCAUACGCCACGGUGCCCGUAAACCCCGCCCCUCCUCUGUGGAGCUGAACAACGACCUGAGAGACUUAUCAGAGGGCGAGGAUGUGUUCUACACCUACAGGGUGUCACUCAGCAGCAGUAGGGACAGCCAUGAUGGAACACCUAGACACAGUGUUUCUGGGACACACACCCAGGAGGGUUGGAAUUCCCACGUUGAUGACGUCAGCCCAGGGGACGAUGCCUCUCACCACUGGGAUAAGAGUGCUCUUGGGGAUGGGGACCUGCUGUUGAUUCGUAUCGCUCCUGACCAUGGCGGCAAGUUUGGUUUCAAUGUCAAAGGUGGCGUGGAUCAGAAGACCCCUCUGGUCAUAUCCCAGGUCAAUCCUGACUCUCCCGCGGGGCGGGUUGAGCCAAGGCUCUUGGAAGGUGACCAGGUAGUGUUGAUCAACGGUCGGGAUAUCUCAGAACACACACACGACCAGGUGGUCAUGUUCAUUCGAGCCAGCAGAGAGUCCCACUCCAGAGAACUUGCCCUGCUCAUACGACGCAAAGGUCCAGGGCGUGUGGCCCCCCUGCUUCAGUUUCCAUCAGCCCUGUCACUGACUGGCCAAUCACACGCUGAUGCACUGCUACUGCCUGGCCAAUCACACACUGAUGCACUGCUACUGCCUGGCCAAUCAGAAAGAGGUCAAACACUUGAAGAGUCCAUGAAACAACUGGAGAGGGGCCUACAGACCGGCACACUCACCUUCCAUUUUGAGAACCUGUACAGGAGAAAGCCCGGUCUGACAGUAGCCUGUGCUUGCCUCCCAGAGAACACUGACAAGAACAGAUACAAGGACGUGCUACCCUAUGACGUCUCCAGAGUGGUGCUUCGGGGCAAAGAGGACUACAUUAACGCAAGUCACAUCACGGUGGCACCCCCCGUGAGUGGAGUGUGUCUGCGCUACAUUGCUGCUCAGGGACCCCUGCCUCAGACCUGCACUCACUUCUGGCAGAGUGUGUGGGAGCAACGCACACAGACCAUCAUCAUGCUCACCACUCUCACAGAGAGAGGACGGACUAAGUGCCACCAAUAUUGGCCACACCCUCCAGAAGUGAGUGAUUAUGGGUACCUGAGGGUGAGCUGCCACUCCGAGGAAUGCAACCUGGCCUACGUCACCCGCCAGUUCACCCUCACACACACACAGCUGGGAGAGGAGCGUGCUGUUACCCACCUGCAGUAUGUAGCGUGGCCAGACCAUGGCGUACCUGACGACCCCUCAGACUUCCUGCUGUUCGUCAACUCUGUUAGGGAGACGAGGACAGGGGACACACCACUCAUGGUUCACUGCAGUGCAGGGAUUGGGCGCACAGGUGUUCUAAUCACCAUGGAGAUGGCGUUGACACUGUUGGAGAGCGGUCGACCUGUGCUCCCUCUGGACAUCGUCAGGACGCUCCGAGACCAGAGGGCCAUGAUGAUCCAGACCCCGUGCCAGUUCCGGUUUGUGUGUGAGGCCAUCCUUCGUGUCUAUAGAGAGAGAGGAGAGCGUUCUGCAGCACCGUAGACCCCUCAAGCCCUUAACACUGCUACCAGAGAAAGGGGGACAGCUAGCCACAGCAUUAGGCUAUAACCUUACACAGCCAUGGCACUUCAAUAGCCUUAGGUGUUCGGCGACAGCUAGCCUUCUGUUAAUUACAGCGCAUUCAGAGCCGGUUGUGCUCAGUUAGUCCCAUCCUUAUGCUAGCCAGGGAGAGCAGCUAGCACGUAGCUGUAUAGACUUCUGUGUUUUAAUUAUUUUAUUUGGCACCAAUGUUUACCUGUGUGACUGAAUGCUUUAGCUCAGCCCUUCUCAAAUUAUUUUGUACCAGGAACUGGCAAAGCAUUGCCUUCCUCGGGGGACCACUUAUAGACUAAUGGCUUUUUUUAUUGGAAAAAAAUGAUAUAUACUACCCUGACAGAUGUAAUUGUUUUAACUUGUAAUACCAUGGUCGUCAAGCAAUUUCAUUUUCUGUUGGGCCACGUUGGUGGUUAAACCUUUGAAUUUCACUUUUAGAUUGCUGCCAUAAUAAACAUUUCUCAGUAAUGCACAAACAUUUCUAAUCAGGAAAACCAAUGGCAAUUUGAAGAAUUUGGACACAUUGUAGUGACAAAUGCAUCAGGAUUGUGGGAAGUUCAGAACUUUAAGUAUUUAGUAACAUUGAUUGUGUAGAAAAUAAAUUUCUUAAUUUGCCGUUUUGCCACAAUCUGUUAUGGACUUGGAUCUUUGAGAGUCCUACUUUUAAUAAAAGGGGUCAAAAUUGCUAAUAGCCCUAACCAUACAAAAGCUUGAGCCAUUGAGGGAUUUGUCACAGAUUGGCAGAUAUUUCUUCACGGACCAGUGCCGGUCCAAAGACAGAGGUUUGAAAAAGGCUCCUUUACCUCACCAAAGCUAAUAAAUUCUGCCUCAGAGAUAUGUGGCUAGUUACUACUGAGGUGGGACUAUAACUGCUAGAACUAGGCCUUGUCUUGAAAGAUUGUAGAGGUUGAGAGGCUUUUGUUUGGUUUCACAGAACAGUGCCCCCCCCCCCCCCCAACCCCCAUCUUCCCUAAAUUAUUGAGACAC